GCUUGGAUUCCUCGAUCUGAGUUUUAGUCUAGCACGCAGCGCUUUCCUCAUUUAGAUCUCUCUUUCCCACUUCCUCCCACAUCAGGUCCUGUCAUGGAGCUGCGCUCGGAGCUGCCCAGCGUGCCCGGCGCGGCGACGGCGGCAGCGACAGCGACAGGGCCGCCCGUGGCAUCUGUGGCGUCGGUGGCGGCAGCCGCGGCUGCAGCCGCCUCGCUCCCGGUGAGCGUAGCGGGGGGCUUGCUGCGGGCGCCCCCGCUGCUGCUGCGGGCCGCAGAGAAAUACCCGCGGACCCCGAAGUGCGCGCGCUGCCGCAACCACGGCGUGGUGUCGGCACUCAAGGGCCACAAGCGCUACUGUCGCUGGAAGGACUGCCUGUGCGCCAAGUGCACGCUCAUCGCCGAGCGCCAGCGCGUCAUGGCGGCGCAGGUGGCGCUGCGCAGGCAGCAGGCGCAGGAGGAGAACGAGGCGCGCGAGCUGCAGCUGCUCUACGGCACCGCCGAGGGCCUGGCGCUGGCCGCCGCCAACGGCAUCAUCCCCCCGCGGCCCGCCUACGAGGUGUUUGGCUCUGUGUGCGCCGCCGACGGCGGGGGCCCGGGAGCGGGGGCGCCGGCGGGACCCGGAGCUGGCGCAGCAAGCGCAGGGGGCACAGAGGCCAAGUUGCAGAAAUUUGACCUGUUCCCCAAGACUCUUCUGCAGGCGGGCCGCGCGGGCAGCCCGCAGCCUCCACAAGGGAAGCCCCUAUCGCCGGACGGUGCGGACUCAGGCCCCGGGACGUCGUCCCCGGAAGUGCGACCCGGCUCGGGCUCGGAGAACGGCGACGGCGAGUCCUUUUCGGGGUCGCCGCUGGCCCGGGCCUCCAAGGAGGCUGGCAGCAGCUGCCCGGGCAGUGCGGGUCCUGGAGGCGGCGGCGACGAGGACAGCCCAGGUUCCGCCAGCCCUCUGGGCUCUGAAUCCGGUUCUGAGGCUGACAAAGAGGAGGCCGAGGCCGCGCCGGCGCCAGGGCUGGGCGGAGGACCGGGUCCACGGCAGCGGACGCCGCUAGACAUCUUGACGCGCGUCUUCCCGGGCCACCGGCGCGGCGUCCUGGAGCUGGUGUUGCAGGGUUGCGGCGGCGACGUGGUGCAGGCCAUCGAGCAGGUGCUGAACCACCACCGUGGGGGCCUAGCGGCCGGCCUGGGCCCCGCUGCGCCCUCGGAUAAGGCCGCUGUGGGCGCGGCAGCGGGGGCGGACGACGCUUGGCCAGGCCGGGUCGACGCCGCGGCCGCGGGGGGCCCCGGGCUGCCAGCGCCCCUGCAGGCAGGGCCCGCCGCGCCCCCACACCACAGACCCUUGCUGGCCGGCGCCAUGGCGCCCGGGGCGCUGGGCUCGCUGAGCAGCCGCUCGGCCUUCUCGCCGCUGCAGCCCAAUGCCAGUCACUUCGGGGCCGAGGCGGGCGCCUACCCGCUGGGCGCGCCCCUCGGCCUCAGCCCGCUGCGCCUAGCCUACUCGGCGGCGGCGGCGCACAGCCGCGGCCUGGCCUUCAUGGCGCCCUACUCCACCGCCGGCCUGGUGCCCACGCUCGGCUUCCGGCCGCCCAUGGACUACGCCUUCAGCGACCUCAUGCGCGACCGCUCCGCCGCAGCCGCUGCGGCCGUGCACAAGGAGCCGACCUAUGGCAGUGGGCUCUAUGGGCCCAUGGUCAAUGGUGCCCCCGAGAAGCAGUAGGGCCAGGGCCCCGCAGCCCCACGUCCCCCGACGCCGCCCCGGCCUUGUCCCCGCUGGCCGCGGCCCCUAUGCCCUUGGCGUGCACUCUGCCCCGCUGGGAUCUGCCUGCUCCCCGAAGUCUUUGCUGUUUGGUUAGGGCAAGUGAGGGCCGGCGAAGGGGAACAGCUACAGGCGCAGGUGUGCUCCAGCGGCUGUGCGCCC